GUAAAUAAAUAAACGUAAAGUAUAAAAAGCAUUAUAAAUAUAUAAUACAUAUAAAAGAGCUUAACCUAAAAGAUUGGCAUUCGCGAGCAUUCUGGCAGAUAGAUUCCCGCCGCGCGUCGGACAAUUUUUUUGAAAAAAAAAUUGUAGAGGAAAUAAGUGUUUUCCUUUAGAUAUCGAAAGUGUUAUUAAGGCGAGUGUUAAACAGGCCAUUAGUCAGGGCUACACAGGUUGCGGUGUGUAAAGGGCGAGGGACGACCGCGGCGCUAAUUCAAUAACAAUUGUUUAAUCGCGGAGAGAUUUGCGGAGGGUGUUCUGCCGAUUUGUCCGCCCUCCGCCCUCUGCUCUCGCGAGAUAUAUACCGAGUGCGUAUACGCCGACUGUCAUUUGGUCCUCGUCUGCGCCAUGCCCGGCGUUGUGACGAGACGUGGUGUGCGCCGAGGCCUGUCAUCCGCCUUCUUCUCAGUCGAUAACCUAGCGCAAGAACUCGCUUCUAACACGCAACCCGCUAAUGAAACGGUGUACGUGGAGGCAGACGAUGGCGUGUUGCGCUGCGGUAACCCGGCACGAACGAUGCUUCAGGCCGCUCUUGCACCGUCACCGCCCGCCGCGGCUUUACUGCUAGAGAUGUGUGCGGCGCCGAAGAUGGAUUGCUCUUCGGGCGAAGCCACACUGCGUCUGCGGCUUGUAGCUGACGCACCACCACACGCGGAUCUCACAAUGUGGUUUGAUGAAACUGCGUUGGCGCUCCUCGAUAUGCCAUUUCUUACACUACGAAACAUUACAGGGAAAAGAAACUACAAGUGUCACGAGUGCAGCGUCGAGUUUGACAACCCAAACCCCUUAAAAAUACAUUUAUUCUCAAAGUGCCAACCCUUCGAUGAGUUAAGGUUUUGGCAGAAAUGUGUGGAAAUACUCCGCGGAAACUCUAUAACGGCGGCCGCAACCCUCUCGACUGCAGUGGCGUUCUCGAGUCCUGUCUGGGAGUGGCGAGGCGGCAGCGACGUGGAAACUCUGGCCGCCGCCUGGGGCCGCGUGGGCCGCGGACACGUGUGCGUGUAUUGCGGAAAGUUGUACUCUCGCAGAUAUGGCCUUAAAAUCCAUAUUCGCACCCACACCGGUUACAAGCCGCUACGCUGUCGAUUCUGCGCGCGCCCCUUCGGUGAUCCCAGCAACCUAAACAAGCACCUGAGGCUUCACGCCGCCGCCGACACAACUCCAUCGUCGCCGUCGCCCCACGCUUGUCCUCUCUGCGGAAAAGCUCUCGCCCGUCGAAGAGACCUCCAACGACAUUUGCGUACGUACCACGCCACUGAGUCACCGGAACCUGAUACUUCGGAUUCGUCGAAGUAAGCAAUUCCACCUCCAUUUCGUUAAAUUAUUCUUA